AUGGAGGUUGACGUUUCAAAUCAACCAAACUUACCAACACCUCCUUACUACAACCGUCUCCAUGAUAUGUCUAAUAAAAUGAUUCAGAUGGAACGAGAUGGUAAAGUAAUGAUUGAAAAAUACCAAAAAUAUAUCCUUAUUUAUGGUGCGUUAUUAAUCGUGUUUAGUACUGGCCUUUUUUUUUAUUGUUUUUAUAUUGAAAUGAACUGGAUCCAAUCACAUCUAUUUCUGUUGAUUUUUACAAUUGGUGUAAUUGUCAACACAUUAUUUAGAUUGUUUUUACCAAUUAAAUCAUCCUAUUAUAAUGGUGGAUAUAUACCAGUUUGUUCAGAAGAAGAAAGGUCACAGGCUAUUGAACGUGCUCAACUUGCUCUAAAAUAUAAUAAAAAACUAAUAGAAACAAAUUACCUAGCACGCUAUUGUAUUUAUUGUAAUCAUUUUCUUCCUCCUCGAGCUUAUCAUUGCAUGAUAUGUAAUAAAUGUACUUUAGAACGAGACCACCACUGUAGUUGGUUAGGGUGUUGUGUAGGUAAAUCCAAUUUAAGAGCAUUCUGGCAAUUUCUUGUUUCUAUGGGAUUAAUUGGCUUUAUUGGAUCAUAUCAUUUCUCAAUGUUUUGGUAUGAAAUUUUAUUUGUUUCAAACAUUUGGACUCCAUUUAGUUUUAAGAUAGGAUUACUUUAUUAUUUUAUCAUAAUGAUGACUUGUAUCUCUUUCUCAAUCACAGCACUAAUGAUCUUGAUGUUGUAUAUUCAUACAAGAGAUAUCCUUUAUGGAUUAUCAGGUGUAGAAAUAGGAGAGUUAAAUACAAAAGAACAUAACCAUGAAAAUGUUCAUCAUCCACCAAUGAGUUUUAGUAAUUUUAAGAAGGUAUUAGGUCCAAAUAUAUUGUAUUGGAUAUUUCCUCUUCAAAUAAAUUAA